UUUCCCAUUUUGGGAGGGUUGGAGGGGGCUGCACAUUACACUUCCUGUUUAUUGUCCCUACCAGCAUCUUUUCAUAAAGUUACCUCAUGGUUUCACUCACUGCCUAUUUACGCUUUACAGAUCGCUACACUCCUCUUAUUAGAAACGCAUGCUGCAGAUCUGGAUGAGAACAACGUAACUACACUGAGAUAUCUUUGUUUUUAUAUAUAGUAUUUCGUCCAGGUAGUAGCACCUCUGGUUAUUCUCAUCUCCAGAAGGGAUAACUCCUUUUGCACAAAGCUAAUGAGAACUACAUCUCCCAGCAUGCCCAGCCAGCUGUUGACUUUGCCGCUCUGCAGGGAAGGAGAGGAGUGAUGUGGGAAUAUAAAGAAGAAUGAUGAUAUGCAUGCCUGCAGCCUGCCAUGCAUGAAGACUGUAGCACACACACACACACUCAAGGCUGCUCUGGGGUUUAUAUAACUGGCCCCUCCCACUCUAGCAAGGGCACAUAUAAUGAAAGAAGUACAGUUGGCUGGAGUCAGUCACACUGGGCCUUGUGCCAGGGCAGGAAAUGUAAGGUUACCCUCUCUCUAAAGUUCCACUUGGCUGAGCGGCGUCUCUCGUAUCAUGCACAGAUCCAAGAGGCAAAGAUGGGUUUCUUCCACGUGGGAGCGGGUUUCCAGCAUCGGCUUGCCAGAUGUGGCGCUCUGGUUCCGCAGAAGAUUGCCCAUUUUAGAGUGGGCACCCAAGUACAGCGUACGGGAGAGUUUGCUUCCGGACACAGUCUCGGGGCUGAUGCUGUCAGUGCAACAAGUGACUCAAGGACUUGCGUUUGCUGUAAUGUCAUCAGUUCACCCGGUAUUUGGAUUAUACGGAUCCUUCUUCCCUCCAUUAAUAUAUGCAGUUUUUGGCAUGGGGCGCCACCUUGUCACAGGAACGUUUGCCAUCACAUCCUUGAUAUCUGCCAGUGCAGUUGAGCGGCUGGUCCCUCCAUACAGCGGAAAUGUCAGCAACUCUUCAUUGGGCCCUCUGGGCUUAUCUGAGUUUGAGAUGCAAAGAAUUGGCGUUGCUGCGGCUGUUACAUUUCUAGGUGGAAUCAUUCAAAUCUGCCUGUUUGUGUGCAAUCUGGGCUGCGCCACGUUCCUUUUGUCGGAGCCAGUUGUUAGCUCAAUGACAACAGGAGCAGCUACACAUGUGGUGACGUCACAAGUGAAGUACCUGCUAGGAAUGAAGAUGCCUUAUAUCUCAGGGCCCUUGGGGAUGUUCAAUAUCUAUAUCUACAUACUGAAAAACAUCACAACAGCAACAGUUGCAGCAGUGAUCACAUCAGUCAUCUGCCUUGUGGUGCUUGUCUUGGUAAAAGAGUUAAAUCAGCGAUAUAAAAGUAGAAUAAAAAUGGAAAUUCCCAUUGAUUUAAUAUUGAUAAUUUUAACAUCUCUCGUGUGUUAUUUUAUUAACAUGGAACACAAUUAUAAUGUCGAGGUUGUGGGACUCCUUCCAAAAGGGAUCCCAAUACCACAGGCUCCACCAAUGGGUAUUUUAUCUGACAUUGUUGUUGAAGGCUUUAGCGUUGCUUUGGUUGGAUACACAGUUUCCAUAUUUCUUGCAUACAACUCUGCCAAAAAAUUCAAGUACUCUGUUGAUGAAAACCAGGAACUUCUGGCUAAUGGCUUGACCAAUGUGAUCCCUUCCUUUUUGUUCUGCAUACCCAAUGCGGGAGCUCCGGCACGGUCAUUUGUUUUGUUUAGCAAUGGAGCGAAAUCCCAGGUAGCCAGCUUAAUAUCAUGUGUUAUAGUACUGCUGGUUAUUUAUUUUAUUGGACCAUUUCUGUGCUGGCUGCCAAUGUGCGCACUGGCGAGCAUUAUUGUGGUGGCAUUAAAAGGAAUGCUCAUUCAGUUUAACGACCUGAAGAAAUACUGGAAUGUAGAUAAAGUUGAUUGGGUAAUAUGGAUAUGUACAUAUGUGUUUACCAUAUGCUUUGCUGCAAAUAUAGGACUCUUGUUUGGAGUUUUAUUCAGUAUAGCUUUGGGAAUGUUACGACUGAGCAGAGCAAAGACACUGCAUUUGGUUCACUGGGAUGCAGAGUACAACAAAAUGCUGGAAGGUUUAAAUUCUGGUUUUUUCCAGACUGUGAAAAUAGUUUCUGUUGGUAUGCCUUUAUUCUUCCUCAAUGCCAAAAAGUUUCAAGCUGAUCUGCUGAAAAUGAAUGAUAAACUCACAGGAAAUUUUGUCCGUAAGCAGAAGACCGAUUUGUUGCUGAGCCCUGUGUCCAAUGGGGACAGUAAUGGAGAAGCCCCCAUUCUUCAACCUCAAAGAUCCCAGAGCUACACUUUAAUCCUGGACUGCAGUGGAAUUACAUGUUAUGACUAUACUGGAGUAACUAUUCUCACACAGAUUUGUUUGGAAUUAAAAGGACAAGGGACAACAGUGCUGCUCACAGGCUGUAAUGAUUCAUUGGUCAAAGCACUUCAGUACUGUGGACUUGAAUCCAAAAGUCAGACUUUCCUGGACUCUGUGAAUUCAGCACUUAGCUCUCUGCAUGUGCAAACGAGCCAGACAUCAACCCUUGAAGCCAUCAAUACAACAAGUGUCUAAUAGCAUCAAGUAAUAUCUGCACUGAAUCAUAUCUGGAUCACAAAGAAGGAGAACUCAGCCAAUUGAGGUUCUUCCCCAUGUUCACACGCUGGUCAUAGGAGACUGUUGGUCUGAUUGGUGCUAAGGGGAUCUGCUGACCUCAGCAUGGCUGUCUGAGCACAUGGAGUAGCUGAAAGGACACAUUGCAACACUGGACUGAACUCUUACAGAUUCCUCUAUUGAUUCAUCCAACUGAAGUGAAAUUGUACCUAAUGUUACAAGGCUUCUCACUGAGACAUUUAUACAGAACCUGGUAUUUUCUAAUGAAUGGUACUUAUUUCAGAUAAUACCCCAUUCAUUGCUUCCACCCACUGAGGAUUCAUAUCAACCUCCUACUGAGGAAUUCAUCCCGUAACCCAUCCAUGGAAGUUUUAGAUAAUGCCUUUUCUUUGGAUAAUGAAGGAUGGAGCGAUCUAUCUGAUGGGAACAGACUGGAAAAUGUUUGUGUAAAAUAAAUUCACAAUUACCUGCACUUUUUAAUAAGUAAAAACAUGUGGUGCACCGCCAAUGAAAAAAGGAAAUUUCAAGACAUAAACAUGUUAUUAAGAAUUUUGGAGUUUUUAAAUUUAUUUGUUCUUACUAAGAAACCCUUAUAAUUAAAGGAGAUGUAAACCCUCAAAACAAAUGAAGGCAAAUGUCACAGUCUGUGUAGCAGGAACCCUGACUCUGCUUCAUUGAUCACACUUUUUUGGUCCUGCCAGGAUUGGUCUUCACUGAUGCCCUUUUGGGGCCCUGGACAUUUCUGCUGCGAUCCAACAGAAAGCACUUCAAGACAGCAGAGUUAGACCCACGGCGCAGCACAGACAAGGGUUAAAUUGUGGUCAGGGCAGGCAAGGAGUCAGGGCAGGCAGCGAACAGAGUAAGGAAACAGGCACGGAGUCAGUAACCAGAAGAUCAAAACAGGAACAAGAGCCAGCUUGGGUAAUGAAAGGGGGCCAGUGUGGUGGCACACUGAUUUCACAAUGCAACCCCUCCAUCAAACACCUAUGCGCCAAGAUGUGCACCUCCAAUUGCACAGCCCCAGGGACCAACUUGCCAAAGGCACGAAGAAACAACAGUCUGCCAGGGCGCCUGACAGUAACACUGCUCAGAGAUCGUUUAAGCACUUUUGCAAUUUACAUUAAUUUUUUUUUUUAGUUUUCAAGAUAUUAGCAGUUUUUCAUCCGACUAGCCAUUGUCGGAAUAAGAUUAUAUUAGUGAGCAGAAUAAAGUCUUGUAAGUUGCUCUGCUUAGAUCUGACCAGUUCUGGCAAAGCUCUGCUUAGACCAUGUGGCUCAUUUAUCAGCAAUAGGCAAAUUUGCCAAUGGACAGUGAAUGCAACAAUUUGAUUGGUUUCCAUGGGUUACUGCAAUGCAAAUUUGCCCAGUGUUGAUAAAUGACCCCUAAUGAGUCUUCCAUGAUCAGGGACAAAGAUUACUCUAGGUCUGGUAAGCAGUAAGAGUAAGGCUUAAGCCAGGGUAUGCUCCCUGCUGAUUGGUUGCUAUGGGUUACUAAAACAGAGACAAACUUUGCACCUUUUGUUACAUUAACCCUUAUAUUUUAUAUGUACUCACUAUCCCUUUGGGAAAAUAACUUUCUCCUGCUGACAGAAUGUGUCCCGGCCCUAUUUUGUGCAGCUCUUGCAAAGGAAGAAGCAGACUAAAGGGAACAUGAGAAACACACUUCAUCACACUUAAAAUCAUAAUUAGAGCACAAUUCUGACAAAUUUGAAAUGGACAUUUGUUUGCUUAUCAAAUAAGACAGUACAUUGACUAUAUUUUCUUAUGAUUAUUUAUUUCAUAAAUAUAUAUUGUUUUUUGGCUAUAUUUAGUUAUGUAAAUUUUAAAAAUAAAAGCAAAAACUAAAUAAAUAAAAGUGACCUUA